UUUUUUUUGACUGCUCUUCCUGUCCUUAUCUUUAUCGGUUCUCCCUUCUACACGGAACAGAUACAGUUGAAAAAAAAAAUGAAUCCAAGGGUAGAAGAAAUGAUGGAUGGGAAAGCCAAAUCAUUCGGCGCCUAUAUUCAGGUAUGCGUACACCAUUUUUAUUUCCGUUUUUGGAAUCUGCAGAGUUACCCUGUGUGAUUAUACCAUACACGGAUCCACCGGCACGAAUCGACUAUCAGGGCUGUGGCGGGCUCGGCCCAGGUUAGAUGACGUGCAGUGAGACCGUCUCGAAUGCGUGCUUUGUCUUUGUCUCCAGCGCUAGUCGCUUGUUUGUUUGAUUCUUUCAGUGUCCUUAUUCCUGGUGAAUAUUUGACUUUCUCCCUGUCUGUGAACGCUGCUGCGCGCGCUCUCACUGUUGGUUGAUCAGCCAAACUAUAAAGAAAUUGUCGAAAACAUCAAUGUGCAGCAGUGGGAUCAUAUAAGUU